ACGUGUGACGUCCGUGCAUCGCGCAGCGAUGUGAUUACCAUCGACCAGCACGGAAGGAUAAUUUGACGAGAAAAAUACUAAUUGUUGCUGUUGAUUUUUUUAAAUUAAAUAUAAAACGAUGGCGGAGAAGGACAAUAUCAUGUACAAAUUCAUGAACACCUUGUUCUACGUGAUAGACGCACCGGUCACCUACGUCCGAGAGAAAUUCGUAGUGCCGAACCAAAAGAAAUAUCCGUGGUAUCAUCAGCAAUACCGUCGCGUGCCGACGAUCGACGAGUGUUAUACGGACGACGUGGUUUGUUAUACCGAGGCAAAUUGCCAAUUCUUACGCGAUAAAACGGUGGAGGAGGAAAUAUUGAUGAUUCUGAGAAGUCGUUUUGAACAGUGCUCCUUCUAUCACGGCGAGGCCGACGAACACGUGUGUGAACCUUUGAGGAAAACUUACGAGGACGCAGCCGUCAAUUGGUUUGUAAAAUAUGGCGAAAUGGGAGUGGCUUUAGACGUGAAACAUGCGUACAUGAAGCAGAAACAUCGUAUGAUCUGGGAACGCCGUCACGGUCCAGUAGGUACCGGUAUGAAAGGAGACAAGGCGUAGCAAUUUGCACCGGCAUCGUAGAUGACAAUUUAAUGGGAAACGCAUUCGCAUAUUAUGAGUCCUGAAUCGCAGGUUUGCUUAAUAUGUACAGAUGUGUUGUGAUUUAAAAACGGCGGGAUAUAAUAAAAAUAAUUUAUCAGAA